CAAAGUCGCAUUGAUUUUGAAUUGAUAGAAAAUAUAUCUUUACGUUGCCCUCUGUCGGUUAAACGCCGAACAUCUUCCGGAUAUGGACUGCACCAUGACCCUGGAAGUUCUUUCAUUUUAGCUGAAUAACGAAAAUGGGCAUGUUACUCCCGACCCCCGUAUCAUGAACCACAUCCCCGUUAAACAGGACCAUUCUUUUAGGACGGGGACAGCUUUGCGACACGGGACCGCAACAGAGCUCCUCCGAUGUCUGGUUCCCUGAGCCGUUUUGGAGAGUAGACGGAGACCCGAGGUAACGAGGACACGGAGCAGCUUCUCUUCCGAAUGGUCUUAGCUCUCGGCUAGCGGGGGCUAACGGAGCCACAACAAACCAUCACGCAGCCCACAGGAAUCCGACGAUAGUGUAGUCGCAGUAUCCUCCAGGAAAGCCGGACAGGGGUGUUUGUAAAGGGACCCUCACCAAAUCACAUUUUCGGCGACUGUUACGUCCACCAAGCGACGAGCGUUACUGUGGCUCUUUUGCAGGAGUGGACCGGUCCGCUAGCGACAGGGGCUCCAGCGUCCCUCGCCUUCAGCUCCCCCUGCGAUGACAUCACAGCAGCCUCCCCUCCCCAACGCCAACGCCAACGUCAGCGCCGCCCCCAUCGCCCCGCACUGCUCCAACGCCCCCAACCUCCACCACGCCCUCCCCCUGGACUCCAGCCCCGCCCCCCAGCCCCUCCCCCAGCGGCCGCCGACGGACAGACGCACGGGCUCCGACAGACUCGCCCCCCCCGCCCCCUCCUGCUCGCACACUGGCUCCGCCUCUUCGCGGCGGCCGGCGGCUGGCACCUUGGAGCCGUGGCCGGAGGAGGCGGCGGACGGCUCCUACGGGCUGUACUCACUGCACCGCAUGUUCGACAUCGUGGGCGCGCAGCUCACGCACCGCGACGUGCGCGUGCUGAGCUUCCUGUUUGUGGACGUCAUCGACGAGUACGAGCGCGGCGGCAUCCGCAGCGGGCGGGACUUCCUGUUGGCCCUGGAGCGCCAGGGCCGCUGCGACGAGACCAACUUCCGGCACGUUCUGCAGCUGCUGCGGAUCAUCACACGGCACGACCUGCUGCCGUACGUCACGCUACGCAAGAGGCAGGCCGUGUGUCCGGACCCGGUGGAUAAGUACCUGGAGGAGACCUCUGUGCGUUACGUCUCCCCUCGGGGCGCGGCCCAGGGACUGGGCCAUAUGCCUCACAGAAGUACAGGAACUCAGCCCGUGAUUUGCUGCUCCCCGUCGGGGCGACAGGUGGGCACGCCCCAGACCAAGCCAGCCCCGCCCACUUCUAGCCGCAAGAGGAAGAGGAACCACUCUACGGCCGAGUGCCGAGAGAAGCAGACCUGUGAUAUCCGCCUGCGGGUACGUGCCGAGUACUGCCAGCACGAGUCUGCGCUGCAGGGCAACGUGUUCUCCAACAAGCAGGAGGCGCUGGAGCGGCAGCUGGAGCGCUUCAACCAGGCCAACACCAUCCUGAAGUCCCGCGACCUGGGCUCCAUCAUCUGUGACAUCAAGUUCUCGGAGCUCACCUACCUGGACGCCUUCUGGCGGGACUACAUCAACGGCUCUCUGCUGGAGGCCCUGAAGGGCGUGUUCAUCACGGACUCCCUCAAGCAGGCGGUGGGCCACGAGGCCAUCAAGCUGCUGGUGAACGUGGACGAGGAGGACUACCAGGCCGGCCGCCGCAAGCUGCUGAGGAACCUGGUGGCCGGGGGGGGCGGGGCCGGGAAGGAGCCCUAGGCUGGAGGAUGCUCGUCGCGGGACGCAGUAGUUUGGGUCGGGGUGUGGGUGAGCGGGGGGGGACCUCUGCGAGUGCCCGCCCCCUGACCCACCCGGGGGGGCUCCAGACCAGACGUUGGGCGGUGGAGCUCGAUGACGGGGGCUAGGGAGGAGAGCGAGGGACUCCUUACGGACGGCGCUGUUGUGUUUCCGCUGAGGUCAAAGGUCGAGCAGAGAACGCCACACAGGACGACAAUGCCACUCAGGCGAACAGCGCAUCCAGGUUGACAUCGUUCCGUUACCGCGGCAACCAGGACGGCCGAUAUAGAAACUUCGGUGUUGGAAUACAAAUGAAGGAAAAGAAAGCAAGUGUACGCUCCGUAUUUAUCACUGAGAACGACGGCCUACCGACGGCCUACCGACGGCCUACCGACGGCCCUUGCAUACGGCGGCCGGCAGUGUCUACAAGUCACGUCUGGAGUAGUAGUACCUUCUUGUAAAUACUACUGCCAUCUUUUGUGGAUCCUCUUCUUUGCGUUGUUGUAUGAAGUGCAGUCAGGUUUGAUUGGAGGUUUAAUGUCUAGUCUGGAAUGGAGUAGGCACUGCUUACCCGCUUAUUCACAUUGUUCUAUUCCUGCCAAACGUGGAGCCGACUAGCACCACAUUUUGUACUUGUUUUUUCUUUCUCGUCUGUGUAGAACUCAUUACCUUUUAGCUGAUUUUAUGGUUAGCUAAUUUUUCGACGUCAUCUGACCUAACUACUUGGUAUCUCCUCCUCCCCAUUCCCCCCCAAAUAAUGUGCUCACAAGUGGCCAAAAUGUCAAAUUUGGUGUGUGUGUGUGUGUGUGUGUGUGUGUGUGUGUGUGUGUGUGUGUGUGUGUGUGUGUGUGUGUGUGUGUGUGUGUGUGUGUGUGUGUGUGUGUGUGUGUGUGUGUGUGUGUGUGUCACUCAAUGAGACAUAACAGAUACAUCGAAGGAAUUCUUGCAUUGAGGAUUGAAAAAAGCAUGGAGCUUCACUAUCAGUUUGUAUUUCGUAGGCUUGCUUUGGACAACGGAUUGAUCACCUUAAAUUGUAAUAUAACUCAAGCACGUAGCUACAUUUUAUUUUCAAUCACAGAAAUGCUGCCAACAAACUACUAUCUUGAUCCAUCAGAUGUAAGCUUUUCUCUCUUUCAAUUUAAAUAUCUGUCCCCAUUUAAAUCUCGAUUCGGAAAUCCUGAUAUUUGGACGCUAACAGAUGUUUUUUGUAAUACCGAACAACGUACAAUAGUAAACCCCGGGUCCACCGGCGGCUCAUAGUCCCAGUCUGACCAGACAGAUCUGUCCUUUAUACCACAUUUACAAAUGUUUAAGCUCGCCUCGAUGCUAAUGUACCAAAACAAAGAUUUAUUUUAAUAUUUUAGGAAGUGGAUUUUCAUUUAAUGCAAUGACAGUAUUAGGGGGGUGUUCUGGUUGGCUGUGUGUGCAGAAUAAAACCAUGUUGAUCACCA